AUGUUCACAAUUUCUUCGACAUUGGACAUAAAGUAUCGCUUGAAUGUCAACCAGCUAGGCGAAAUUGAUAGGGAUUUCUUAGGCAUGAUAUCGGCUGUCGGUGGCUGCUUUCCAAGUGAUUUGUUUGCUCAGGCCCACAACAGUUUGAAUUGGGGUCCACAUGGCCAGGCGAUUUGGCCCGGACCCGGUGUACCUGAAGGGCAUGAGAAAACGCUUGAUCGUCUAGAAAAGGGCGGAUUUAUCAUACCUUUGCCAAACUAUGGGGUAGGCAUAGGCACCACGAUAAUGAUCCAUCCGGAGGUUCCAAAAUUGCUAUCUUGCUUCGGCCAAAUCUUCUCGCGGAAAUGGAAGCGCCUCGCGACGAACGCCGUCCUCCACGCUUAUCCCAAGGACCCCCAACUACGACCCAUUGAUUAUACGGUGGCAGGCGCGUUGCUUAUACCGAUACUCAGACGAGCUCUAUCAAACCUGCUUGAGUGUAGCCCAGAUGGACUAGAAAGACAGACUUUAGAGCUUGCUAUCGAUGCAUGCCUCUCCGCAUCAAAUUUUGGUGAUAAGUCUUGGAAAACAGUCGCGGUUGCAUAUGCCGAACACAUGGCUGAUCAGCUUGGUUGUGCCGUCAUCAAAGGAAGGGUUCACUUGCGAAAGGCCACGCUGGAAAGGCUAUAUCCGUCUGGAGCUGGCUCAAAUCUGCAAGAAAUCAAGAUAACAAGGACGAACAACCGUUCGAACGCGGACUUUGGGAAACUGAUUCUGUUGCAAGCACGGCUCCAAAUCGAAAGAAGGCUGUCUUCAGACGAAAUCAAUACAACCCUCGACCAAUUUCGCGCCUUCAAUCCUAUAUCGGAUAUAGAGCGGUCGGUUCAACUUGAUAUAAAUUUCCUGAGAGCCAAGAUUCUCAGGUAUGAUGGGAGAUUCGGACCUGCUAGGGAAGCCCUUGUGGAUUUUGUGCAGGCCGUGAGAUAUCGGGCGAGUAACUUGAUAACCAUUCACUACUACGAGACCCUUUGCGAAGCAGGAGAUCCUUCUACUGCAAUAGUAGCCCUGGAACAUGAGUAUGGGGAGCUCCUGAAGAAGGAAAAUGGCCAAGCAGGGUAUGGUAGACGGCUGAGGCUGGCAUUGGCAGGUACAUAUUUGAUGAAGGUUCUCUUGGAUCGGUCCAUCGACAACGACUUGCUGGAGAAAGCCGAAAGGCUUUUCAAGAGUGUCCAAUGGACGGCGGAACCAAGCAUGGUUACAAAGCAUAAUAUCUACGUCACGAAGGCUAGCCUCGGCAUGGUUCACCUUAUCAGGUCUGAGUGGGAGGAGUCGUUGAAUUACUGGGAUGAAGCUCUUGACGCGGCAAACACCUGUUUCCCAGAUAUAGGUCACGCGGAGAUGGUCACUCACUUGCGAAAAGAAGUGGAAGGCCUGCUAUUGCAGGGCGAGACUGAAAUGGACUAUGACGCUUUUACCUACAGCGAGUGUUGCAAGAUCUAG